AUGCAACCAACUGUAACCAUUUCCCAAGGAAAAUUAAAUGGCACCUUACAACAUAGUAGAUAUGGAAGAAUUUAUUCAGCAUUCCUCGGAAUACCAUUUGCUGAACCACCAAUUAACAAUUUAAGAUUCAGUAAUCCACGACCAGGAAAAAAUUGGAAUGGAAUAAGACAAGCAAAUCGUUUCGGAAACAUAUGUCCACAAUAUAAUGGACUUAAAAUCUUAGGCAGUGAGGAUUGUUUAUUUUUAAACGUUUUCACACCAGUUGUAAAUUUCACCUCAUCUUCGAAACAAUAUCCCGUAAUGGUUUGGCUUCACGGUGGUGUUUUUUAUUUUGGAAGUGGUAGUUUUUACGGAGCUCAAAAUCUAUUGGACAGGGAUAUUGUUUUGGUGACGAUUAAUUAUCGAUUGGGAAUAUUUGGAUUUUUAACAACUGGCGACAAAGCAUCGCCUGGAAAUUAUGGUCUGAAAGAUCAAUUGUUAGCAUUAAAAUGGAUUCAAAGUGAGAUUCAUAAUUUUGGAGGUGAUCCAAAACAAGUUACAUUAUUCGGUGAAAGUGCUGGUGCUGCAAGUAUUACUCUUCAUGCCAUUUCUGAACAGAGUAAAGAUCUCUUUCAAAAAUAUAUUUUACAAAGUGGAAACUUAUUGAGUCCAUGGGCUUAUAGGGACAAUAAAGCACAAAAAUUACACUUAAGAGGAAUUGCAGGUUUACUUUUUUGUCCCUAUUUAUUUUCGAAAAAUCUAGUUAAAUGCAUGAGACGAAGAAGUAUGAGAAGUAUAAUGUUGAUCAAUUCUCCGUUUCGAUUUAUUGCAUGGACACCGACAAAUGAACCAAAUAUCGAAGGAGCUUUUUUGACCGAAAAUCCUGCGUUUUUAGUUGAUCGAAUAAGAGACAUGCCUUUUAUUGCUGGCAUUAACAGAAAUGAAGGACUAAUAGUCACCAGUUUUCUACAACGAUUUAAAUUUCUGACCACUAUCGUCAAGUUAUUCUCAAGACUAAUCGUUUCCUUCAUUACCAAUUUUCUUCUCAGCAAAAAUGAAAAUCUGACUGAAGCCGUGAAUAAAUUUUACUUCAAUUGGAAAGUUAUAAUUGGAAACAAUAAAUUGUUCAUGACGAAUGCCACAAGAUUUUUAUCAGACGCCUUCUUUUUCUAUCCUCAAGUAAAAAUGCUGGAAACUCUUGCACCAAGAAUGAAAAAUUCGGCUUAUUUCUAUAAUUUUGCUUAUCGGGGGAAAUUUAGUUUUACAAAUGUCACAACUGGUAGCAAUGAGAAUAUUGGAGUUUCACACACAGACGAGCUUAAUUAUUUAUUUCCAGCAUCUCGAGUUGAUUAUAAACUAAAAUCAGGGAAUUAUACAGAAAAAGAUGAUUUUAUAGUCGAUGCAAUGAUUGACCUUUGGACUUCUUUUGCAACAACUGGAAAACCGGUUUCAAAAAAUUUGGAGACACCUGAUCUUUGGAAGCCAUUUGAUAGUAAGAGAAGUAAUCAUUUAAUGAUUGGAGACUUUAACAACAACACGAAAAAUUCGAUAAUCCUUGCUGAUUCAUUUUAUUCCGAGAGGAUGAAUUUUUGGAAAAAGAAUGCACCGAAUUGA